AGAAAGUUUGAAUUAAAUUCGAUGCUCUUUAUAUAUCUGUUUAUAAAUUGUUAAUAGUUCAUUAAUAACCACGAGAUUAUUUUUUAAGAAAUCUUGUCUAAGAAACAAUGGACAAUACGAAAAACAAAUUAUUCUCCAUGUAUAUACGUCAAAAAGUCAAGAACCUAAAAUGCAAUGUAAAGCUUAAUGUUCUCGAUAAUCCUAAUAAUAUCAGCAGCAGCAGCGGUGCAAGUAGUGAUCAAAUUUAUAUUGGAUGUUUUACUCGUUUCAAAUUAAUGGAACAACGAUUAACUGAUGUGCUCGAUGAAAAAAUGUUACCUCGUUUUGAAAAUAUUGUUGAACAUUUACGUAACGUACAGAAUCGCUCACAGAAUUUUAGUUCCAGAUCACCGUUUGAUGAAAUCAUGUCCAAACCUUCGAAAGCAUCGUUAAUUCAUAAUGGCGAUAUGGAAUUUUUUAAUCGAUACAAUACCAGCGUCGCGAUUUGUUCGAAAGAUGAACGAAUGGAUAUCGAUCACGAUAGGCCAAUGCAAAGUCCGGAUUGUUUGUAUAAAGAACUAUUAUCAUUAAUUGCUGAAUUCAUACAGAUCGAUGAUCGAUCUACACAUCAGAAUCUUGUGGAAAAAGCAGCCGUUUAUCUUCUAUGGGUGUUUUAUGAUUCAUUUCAAACAGAAUUUAUUACACAACAACCGAUCGCAGAUGAACAUCAAACAUCAUUGAAUUUUGCCAAUAUUAGUUCCCAUUACAAUGAUAUGGAAUAUAAUCUAUGCUUAAAUCCAAUGAAGUAUAAUCUAGUGGAAAAAAUGUAUCAAUGUUGCCGUCAGAUAUUCCAGGUCAUGGAACCCAAAUAUUUGAAUGAAAUUUUCUUUUACGCUAGUGUUAUUAAAAAAAUUACAACUGAUCUCGAAAAACAAUCUUCUGAAAAAAAUCAUGAUUGGUUUAAUCAAUUCGCCGACCGUAUUUUUGAAACCAAUGAUGCUGAAAUUAAAAUUGAUCCUUAUGCCAAUAGUAAAUUCAACUACAUGUUAACUAACAAUUAUGAUAAACAAAUGAUUCAAGAAUGUAAUGAAGAUUUUACUAAAUUCAAUCCCGAUUAUUCCAAUUCUGAAUUUAUUCUUCAAAACCUGCUUUAUUCUAAUUCAAUUUCUUCACAAUCACAAACAUCAGCAACGAGUCAACUGCGAAAACAAGAAGCCAAUAAUAUACCAAAUCAACAAAAAAAACCAUCAGAAUUCCAGGUUGAUAUGGAAGAUUCUAUGGCGAAUAAAUCAACCGAAGAUAUUUUGGCUAAUUUAUAUGAAGAAUUAUCAGCAUUCAUUGUCGAUUAUAAUGAAAGAAAUUCGGAUAAAUUCUAUUUGAGCGCCGAAGAAUUGAAUCAAAUGGUCAUGAAUCGUUUAAUCAACAGUGAUAAUGAUAAUGAUAGUCUUUAUGAAGAAUUGACCAAUCUUCUUGGAGAAGAUUCCUCCAAAUUGGUUCGAAAAUUAAUCUUUGCUUAUAAGCCAAAAGUUCAAUCAAGUAACCAAUCGACCGAUAUGAACCACAAUAAAUCUAAUAAGACGAAUGCGGUGCCAUCAUCAUCAACAUCCACAAAAGGUUCCAAUACGAAACGUGCUGAAGAAUUGUAUCGACGUAUUAAUUCAUCUCGUGACACUGGAUCACAAUCGAUUCGACCAUCUGUAGUCAUAACAACCACUAGAGAAAAAGCAUUGAAAAAAGAAAUGCGUAAAAUUGCUAAGAAAAUUAAUAGAGUUCAAAAAAAUACCGCAGACAAUGAUGAAAUUGAACCACAAGGUGAUAAACUUUCUCUUCAAGAUCUAGAAAGUAUGCGUGAAAAAAAUCUUAAAGCAUCAGUUCGAUCAAUUUUGGAGCCGAAAAUGGCUGAAAAUCUACGCCAAUAUCGUCCAAUUGAACAGUAUCCAUUUGUUUAUGAUCUCUACAGAACUAUAAAAACGACAGCUUCUUACAUUGCUGACACAAAAUUAUUGCUACCGAUUGGAUCCGAACGAAAAGAAUUCAAAACACACGACGAAGUUCAUGUUCCGCUUAUUGCAAGCACUGAAGAAACUAAUAAAUUUCUGCAAAAUUUUUCACGCAUCGAAAUCUCCGAUACUGAUGAAUUUAUUCGAACCGGAUUUGAUGGUUUCGUAAAGUUGAACAUCAUUCAAUCAGCUGUAUUUUCCACUGCUUAUCAAUCGGAUAAUCAGAACAUGCUGAUAUGUGCUCCUACGGGUGCUGGCAAAACUAAUAUUGCAAUGUUGGCCAUAUUGAACAUCUUGCGUUCAUUUUCUGUAGAUGAUUCCGUAUCCAAUAUCGAUUUAGAUCAAUUCAAAAUAAUUUAUAUUGCUCCAAUGAAAGCACUUUGUGCUGAAAUGACUUCAACUUUUGGCCGCCGAUUACAGCCAUUUGGCGUCAAAGUUCGUGAAUUGACUGGCGAUAUGCAGAUGACAAGCAAAGAAAUAAUGGAAACUCAGAUGCUUGUUGUUACACCAGAAAAAUGGGAUGUUGUCACGAGAAAAUCUGUUGGCGAUGUUCAACUCAUGGAUUUGGUCAGAUUAAUCAUUUUGGAUGAAGUUCAUCUUUUGCAAUCAGAUCGCGGUCAUGUCGUUGAAACGAUAGUAGCACGUACGGUUCGUUAUGUUGAACAAUCACAAAAAUGUAUUCGUAUGAUUGGAUUAUCGGCUACCUUGCCCAACUAUGUCGAUGUCGCACAAUUUCUACAUGUUGAUCUUUACAAAGGAUUGUAUGUAUUCGACGAUCGAUUUCGACCGGUCCCAUUGGCCAAAACCUUUAUCGGAUGUAAAGCUCGUUCAAAAAAUCAGCUCAAUAUGGAUAUGGAUGAAAUAACGAUGAAACGAGCCAGAGAAAUACUUCAGAAAGAAUAUCAGGUCAUGAUAUUUGUGCAUUCUAGAAAUUCUACAAUGGCCAUGGCAACUUAUUUGUUGGAAAAAACUCAAUAUAAUGAUCCCAGUGACCAUGAUGGUGGUGAAAGCUUACGAUUAAUGUUUCAAGCUGAUACGUCAAGACUUCCCGGUUCAGAUAAACUGAUUUCCAAAGCUAGAUAUCGAAAUUUAAAUAAAUUUCUUCUCAACGGUAUCGGUAUUCAUCAUGCUGGAAUGCCACGAUCGGAACGUAACAUUGUGGAAAAAUUAUUUAGCCAUGGUGUUAUCAAAGUUCUAGUCUGUACAUCCACACUAGCUUGGGGCGUAAAUUUGCCAGCUCAUUCUGUGAUCAUUCGUGGUACCGAAUAUUAUGAUCCAUCACAAGGUAGUUUUGUCGACAUUGAUAUGCUUGAUGUUAUGCAAAUUUUUGGACGAGCUGGUCGGCCACAAUUUGAUAGUGAUGGUGAUGCUACAAUAAUUACUACAUAUGAACGUUUACCACAUUAUCUCAGCAUGUUGACCAAUCAACUUCCAAUUGAAAGUAAAUUCUUAAAACGUUUGGUCGAUAAUUUGAAUGCUGAAAUUGUUCUUGGUACCGUAUGCAAUAUCAGAGAAAUUGUCGAUUGGCUCAAAUACACCUAUUUAUAUAUUCGAAUGCAACGAAAUCCAUUGGAAUAUGGCCUCAAAAGUAUAGCAGCUCACGAUCUUGGUCUUAUCAUUGAUCAUUUAACAGGUUUAGCAAAAAGUUCUGCCGAACAAUUAGAUCGAGCACAAAUGAUUAGAUAUAAUCCUGAACGAGAAGCAACGGUAGAUGCUACACAUCUUGGACGUAUUGCUUCGCAUUUUUAUAUUCAAUAUGAAACUAUUGUUCAUUUGAACGAACAGCUUCGAGAUGUUAUGGAUAUAGGAAAUAUUCUUCAUCUGAUGUCGUCGGCUAGUGAAUUCCAUCAACUAAGAAUUAGAGAAGAAGAAAUUGAGCAACUUCAAAAUUUAUGGACUCAAUGCAAAUUCAAGAUCAAAGGCGAUCUAACCAGCACCGAUACGAAAGUUAACAUUUUGAUGCAAUCCUGUAUCAAUCGAUCGAUUACCGAAUGUCAUUCAUUGAAUUCUGAUAUGAUGUACAUUCUUCAGAACAUGUCCCGUUUGACUCGUGGCCUAUUUGAGUAUGUUAUACGUCGAGGAUGGCCUUCGUUGUCCGAAAAAUUUUUGGAUAUAUCGUUGAUGUUUGAGAAGCAAUUCUGGAAUUUUGAUACACCUUUAUAUCAAUUCGAAUCUGAAUUGACACAAGAUGUUUUAGACAAGCUAUCAUUUAUCCAUCAAAGCAAAAAUAUUCAACAUUAUGAUCUAAAAGAAAUGGAUAUUAAUGAAAUUGCUCAAUUUAUCCAUAAUAAACGAUAUGCACCCAUCGUUAAAAAAUUAGCUCAAACCAUACCGAAUGUUCAGAUUGAAGCAUCAGUCAAACCAAUUACACGUACCAUUUUGACCAUUUAUAUUGAUGUUAAACCAGAUUUUAUUUGGGAUGAUAAAUAUCACGGAAAAGCUGCCCAGCUUUAUUGGAUAUGGUUGACCGAUAUGGAUAACAAUCAUAUCUAUCAUGCUGAACUUGGUCGUUUCAUCAAGAAACAAGUAAUCAAAGAGGAAACGCAACGUUAUGUUUUCACCAUACCAUUAUUAGAUGCAGCAUAUCUUCAGAAACAAUAUCUAAUUCAUUGUACAUUUGAAUAUUGGAUGGGUGCAAAAUGUGAAGCUGAAGUAUCAUGUCAAAAUUUAUUAUUGCCUGAUAAACAUUUACCAACCACUCAGCUUUUGGACCUAAUGCCAUUACCAAUCAAAGCAUUACAAAAUGAAUUAUUCGAAUCAAUUUAUCCUUUUACUCAUUUCAAUCCGAUUCAAACGCAAAUAUUUCAUACUUUAUAUCAUACUGAUAAUAAUGUCCUACUUGGAGCUCCCACUGGUUCUGGAAAAACGAUCGCUGCUGAAAUAGCUUUGUUCCGUGUGCUCAAUACACGUCCUUGGGGUAAAAUUGUUUAUAUUGCUCCCUUAAAAGCAUUGGUACGUGAACGUGUUGAUGAUUGGAAAAGAAAAAUUGAACAAAGAAUUCGAUUCAACGUUGUUGAAUUAACCGGUGAUGUUACCCCUGAUUUGGCCACCAUCGAUUCUGCUCAGAUAAUAGUGACUACACCGGAAAAAUGGGACGGUGUUAGUCGUGGUUGGACAUUUCGAAAAUUUGUACGACAAGUUGCCCUAAUUGUCAUCGAUGAAAUUCACUUAUUGGGUGAAGAACGUGGUCCUGUUCUGGAAAUGAUCGUAUCACGAACAAAUUUUAUUCGUCGUCGAACUGGUGAAAAUAUUCGAAUCAUUGGUCUUUCAACUGCUGUGGCUAAUGCUCAUGAUCUUUCAUCAUGGUUGGGAAUCCACAAUAUUGGCCUUUACAAUUUUAGCUCUUCAGUUAGACCGGUGCCUAUCGAAGUUCAUGUAUCGGGAUUCUCGGGUAAACAUUAUUGUCCACGAAUGGCUUCAAUGAAUAAACCAGCAUAUAGAGCAAUCAAACAACACUCGCCAACCAAACCUGUGAUCGUAUUCGUUUCAUCACGUCGACAAACUAGGCUAACCGCUUUGGAUCUCAUCACCUUAGUCGCUUCGGAUGAUCACACCAUGGGCAUACCGUUUUUGCAUAUAAACAACGAAGAUGAAUUAGAUUCAUUGUUGGAAACGGUUAAAGAUUCCUAUUUAAAACAUACACUUCGAUUCGGUAUCGGUAUGCAUCAUGCCGGUUUGAUUGAAAAUGAUCGGAAACUUGUUGAACAAUUAUUUGCUGAACAAAAGAUUCAGGUUCUGAUUACAACGGCUACAUUAGCUUGGGGAAUCAAUCUUCCAGCACAUGCUGUCAUCAUUAAAGGGACCGAAUUUUUCGAUGGUAAAAAAGGUCGUUACGUUGAUUUUCCUAUUACGGAUGUUUUGCAGAUGAUUGGUCGUGCUGGCCGUCCACAAUUCGAUACUUCAGCAGUUGCCGUUUUGUUUGUACACGAUAUUAAAAAAGAAUAUUAUCGCAAAUUUUUAUAUGAACCGUUCCCUGUUGAAUCACAUUUGUUGGAUGCGUUUCCUGAUCAUUUAAAUGCCGAGGUUAUAACUGGUACUGUAAAAACUAAACAUGAAGCCAUGGAAUUCCUUUCAUCAACAUAUCUUUAUCAUCGAAUUAUUAAAAAUCCAUCGUAUUAUGGUGUUGAUCUUAGUGAAUUGAUUGAACAACAACUCAAUGAUGAAUUGGCCAUUAACACUGUGGUGAUCAAAUUUCUUUCAUCAUAUAUUGAUCAUUGUGUACAAUUGUUGAUCGAAAAUUAUUGUAUAAGAGUAAUCGAUGAAGAGGAACGAUCAUCGGAACAAUAUGGAAAAAAUGACUGCCUUAUCAAUCAGAUUCUUUUACCAACACCAUUAGGCAAAAUAGCAUCCUACUAUUAUUUAUCUUACAAAACUAUUCGUUUAUUUCAAGACCAUCUUUGUCCAUCCGAUAGUGAAACAGGUCAGCCAAAAUUCACUUAUUAUAAAACGAGUGAAAUUCUUGAUCUACUUACUAUGGCUUCCGAAUAUGCAACGCUUCCUGUUCGACACAAUGAAGAAUUAUUGAAUGCACAGCUUGCUAAAAUAUGUCCAUUCAAAAUGGAUCGUCGUUCAAUGGAUUCCCCACAUACUAAAGCUAACCUGUUGCUUCAGGCACAUUGUUCACGUUCCCCUUUACCAAUUGUUGAUUAUUAUACUGAUUUAAAAACAGUUUUGGAUCAAGUUUUGAGAAUAUUCCAGGCAAUGAUUGAUAUAUCAGCUCUGAAUGGAUCGCUUCCUACAACAAUCAACAUAAUCAAUCUACAACAAAGUAUUAUUCAAGCAUCAUGGCAAAAUUCCAAUCAAUUAUUGUUACUCCUCGAAAAUGAUCAUAAAUCAACAGCUAAUGAAUUUAUUGAUGAUGAUCUAAAUGAUGCUUCCGAAUAUUAUCAAAGUCGUCAACAUCAAAUGGAUGCAGCUAUAGCCGAUGUUCGUGAACUUUCCAAAGAAAUCUGUUCUCUUCCAACACUUUUACAAUUUCUUCAACAACAAAAUUAUUCGAACAAACGAAACGACUCGAAAGCAUUCAAAUCGUUCAAGGAUCUUUUCGAAGGAUAUUCAAUUCACCAUGGGAUACUUUCGCGGCUUUUUAAAUCAUUGACGCAAUUGCCAUUGAUCAAUAUUGAAAAGAUAACAAUAAACAAAAUUAAUGACGAAGAAGAUUCAGAUUCUGGCAUGAAUUGGUUGCCACAAGAAAUAUCAAAAGAAAAUACUUUCGUAUCUCGCCGUGAUGUUGAAUGGCUACAAUUACAACCAUCUUCUGAUUACUGUAUCUGUUGCCAAUUAAAACGAAUUUCAUUGUCUAAUCAAAAUUCAAAAGGUCAACGAGCAUAUUGCCCAUCAUUUCCAAAACCGAAAUCCGAAUCCUGGUAUCUGAUUCUUGGAUGUGAAGAAGAAUCCGAAUUGAUCACGAUAACCAGAGUGCCUUGUAUUCAACCAUAUUCAACACAGGUGAACAUUAGAUUUCGAACACCCGAUGUCAAGUCAUCGAAACGAAUAUUCUACACACUAUAUUUACUAAGUGAUUGUUACAUUGGUUUGGAUCAACAAUACAGCAUACCAUUGCAAAUUAAUUGAUUGUUGUGCCUUUUUUUUGUCAAAAAAAUAUAAUAAAAUUUCACUUUACUGUGAUACAUAAAUAA